CUUGAAAAAAAGAGAAAGAGAAAAAAAGACUCAGAGGCUUGUUAUGGUGCUGGCGUUAAAGAAACCCGGAUUUUCCCACCCUCAUUUACCAGUUUGACCAGUAACUCUGGAAAGAGCACACACGAGUUCUGGACCAGUUUUUACCCUUGUGGUCCCUGAUGGCUUCGCACAGUGAUACUCUGGUGGUGUUCUUUGGGGCAACAGCUGGUGCAAAUGGGGGUAAACUGGGUUCGGAUGAGAGGGAAAUAAUUCUCUUGGUGUGGCAAAUUGUGGAUCUACAUGAAAAAAAGGUGGGGAAACUUCAUAGGUGUCUUGUAAAGCCAGACAGUUUGGAAUUGACAGACCAAUGUAAGGAGGAGACGGGACUGACUUGGGAGGAACUCUGCAAGGCCGAACCUCUGGACGGCGCCUUGCAACAGUUCCAGCAGUCUGUCUCCAGUGAGCUCAAGGCCCUGGGGAGAAGCUCCUACACGCUCUGUGUGGACGGGCCUCUGAUCGUUAGGCAGGCAUUUCACCCCGAAGCCUCCAAAAAGAACCUGCUUCUUCCAGACUGUUUUUAUUCUUUUGUGGACCUGAAGAAAGAGUUUCAGAAAUGCUGUCCGAACGACGGCCCAGCGAAGGACCUGACCCUGUCCUCCAUGUUGGAGUACGUGGGUAUCCCUGCGCUGGUGGAGCAGGUGGUGGGGGUGCAGGAGGUGAGGAGCAUGGUUCUGCUGAUUCUGUGCCUCCUGUCUGAACCCUACAAUCACAAAUUCACCUGCUAUGAAACGGUGAAGUACAAAUUUGAAUCGGGAGCAUGCAGUAAGACCGAGGCGGUGGACAGCGAGACGGUCAUCCGAGCCAGAGGACUUCCAUGGCAGUCAUCUGACCAAGACAUAGCCCGCUUCUUCAAGGGCAUCAACAUUGCCAAGGGUGGUGUGGCCCUGUGCCUGAAUGCUCAGGGCAGGAGGAACGGAGAGGCUCUGGUGCGCUUCGUUAGCCCUGAGCACAGAGACCUGGCUCUGGAGCGCCACAAACACCACAUGGGGAGCCGCUACAUCGAAGUCUACAAGGCGACUGGAGAAGAAUUCUUGAAGAUAGCAGGAGGCACUUCCAAUGAAGUGGCCCAGUUCCUGUCCAAGGAGAACCAGGUGAUCAUCCGCAUGCGCGGGCUGCCCUUCACGGCCACCCCCGAGAACGUGCUGGGCUUCCUGGGGCCGGAGAGCCCUGUGACCGACGGCAGCGAGGGGCUGCUCUUCGUCAAGUACCCCGACGGGCGCCCCACCGGAGACGCCUUCGUGCUCUUCGCCUGCGAGGAGUACGCCCAGAACGCCCUGAAGAAGCACAAGCACAUCCUGGGCAAGAGAUAUAUCGAGCUGUUCCGCAGCACUGCUGCAGAGGUCCAGCAGGUUCUGAACCGCUACAUGUCCACCCCUCUGAUCUCCACGCUGCCCCCGCCCCCCAUAGUGUCCAUGCCCGUGCUGGCCACCCCACCCUUCCUCACCUCCAGCAGCUGCCGGGACUGCGUGAGGCUGAGGGGGCUCCCUUACACCGCUGCCAUAGAGGACAUCCUGGAGUUCAUGGGUGAACACGCCAUCGACAUCAAGCCCCACGGCGUCCAUAUGGUGCUCAACCAGCAGGGCCGCCCCUCCGGAGACGCCUUCAUCCAGAUGAAGUCCUCGGACCGGGCAUUCAUGCUGGCUCAAAAGUGCCACAAGAAGAUGAUGAAGGACCGCUAUGUGGAGGUGUUCCAGUGUUCGGCAGAGGAGAUGAGCUUCGUGCUAAUGGGGGGCACGCUCAACCGCAGUGGCCUGUCUCCCCCACCCUGCAAGCUGCCAUGCCUGUCUCCCCCAGCCUACGCUGCAUACCCUGCUUCUGCCGCCUUGCUGCCCGCGGAGGCAGCCCUGUACCAGCCCCCCCUGCUGGCCACACCGCGUGCCCCCCAGCCCCCGACCCACAGCGCUGCCCCUGCCCUGGCCUUCUACCCACCCCAGUCCCACGCCCAGCUCUACAUGAACAUGAACAUGAACUACACCGCCUAUUACCCCAGCCCCCCUGUCUCCCCCUCCACGGUGAGCUACUUUGCGGCGCCCCCUGGUGCCAUGACGGCCGCAGUGGCGGCCCCGCCCGCCCCUCCCAUGCUGCCCCAGCACGGAGCCCUGGUCAGGAUGCAGGGCCUGCCCUACAACACCGGCGUCAAGGACAUCCUCAGCUUCUUCCAGGGCUACCAGGUCCUGCCAGACGCCGUCCUCCUGUUGUACAACUUCAGCGGCCAGUGCAGCGGCGAGGCCCUGGUGACCUUCCCCAGCGAGGAGGCCGCGCGGCGGGCUGUGGCCGAGCGAUCCAACCACCCCCUCUCCGGACACCCCAUCCACCUGGCCUGCUGCAGCUGACCGAGGCCCCGGGACCGCUCCGCGCGGUGGGCCCCACACCACGUCCGCUGGGUUAAUGACACCUCCUCCAAAACACUUACCCCCCCCCCAUGCACUACCAUUCUCCCUGGAGUUACUGUUCCAUACGUACGGUUUUCCUGAACGCAGUUCAUCUCCAGACCUUCAGGUCGCUCACAUCCAGCUAGCAUUUAGACAAUUAAUUUAAUGAUGUAUGAACAACCGCAACAUUGAACUACCUGUCAGAUUUCAGGGGAAGGCAAAAGCACUGUUGAUCGUUGGCAAGCGCAGAUUAAAUCCAGUUUAUACCUAAAUGUGCAGUGAUUGACACUAGUCGCAUGAAGAUGUCCAGUUGCUUGGUGCAGGGAAGUUAUCUACAAGGAGUUACAGGGUAUGAUGCCAUCAUGCAGAAUGUGCAUUAACUCAACUGCAAGUCCUUAACUUGAGUUCAAAACUUGUGUGCUCUCCUACUGAAUCAAAAUCUACAGCGUGCCUCAAAUGUGCCUCAUCUGUCAAGCUUUUCAUUUGUUUAACAUUGUUUUUUGUUUCUUUCCUUAAGAAUAAGAAUGGAUAGUUUAGGUUUUAAAGAGUUUACUUUAUGAUCUUAUCUGCAUGCACAUCGUUUACACAGAAUUUAUUGUAAAAAGGCUUUUUUUUUCUUUUUUGUUAUUCCCAAAUGAUUGUGCUGUCACGAGCACUCUAGAUUGUCCCUCAUUUGUGUGCAAACGCUGAAUGAUGUUUGUUCCGUGCGUUCCUGGGGCGAACAGACUGCCGAGAGCAGGACGAUGUUUGAUUUCGUAUCGCUGUGCCUUUAUUACCGAGUGCAAUUUCAGCAGAACAAAGCGCGUGCUCCUCUCCGGAGGUCGAAAGGAGGAUUUUUUUUUUCUUUUAAACAAGUUUGAAACUUGUAUAAAAUUCAGAAAUACUGUAUGUGUUGUAUGUAAGCAAUAAAUGAAAAUGAAUGUGACUAA